CUCAACUGCCNGCCCCCAGGAGUCCGCCCCCUGCACCGGCCUGACCCCGCCGCCGAAAAGAUCCGCCUGCCGCAGAUGGAGACGCCGAAGCCGCGCUCCAAGAUGAAGACCUUCAACUGGAACAAAAUCCCCGACAACAAGAUCGUAGGCAAGAACAACAUCUGGGCGAUGUUGGCCCGCCAGCACCAGGACUCCCCGACGACGGCCCUCGACUGGGACGAGAUGGAAGGACUCUUCUGCCAACAGACCGCGUCCACGCCCUUGUCUCCUGCCAAGACCGCGAAGGACACGAAGGACGAGACCGAGAAGAAGAAGAAGGAGCCGACGGAGAUCAAUCUUCUCGACGGAAAACGCUCCCUCAACGUCAACAUUUUCCUCAAACAAUUCAGGGUCUCCAACGAAGAGAUCAUGGAGAUGAUACGAGCGGGCGAGCACAGCGACAUCGGCGCCGAGAAGCUGCGAGGCCUCCUGAAGAUCCUGCCGGAGCCUGACGAGAUGGAGAUGCUGAGGAACUUCGACGGCGACCGGACGAAGCUGGCCAACGCGGAGAAGUUCCUGCUCAUGCUCAUGGAGGUCCCGCAGUACAAGCUGCGGAUCGAGGCCAUGCUCUUGAAGGAGGAGUUCGAGUCCACGAUGGAGCAGAUCGAGCCGUCCAUCAACGCCGUCAUCUACGCCGGCCGCGACCUCACCACCAACCCGCACCUUCAGGAGGUCCUCUACAUGGUCCUCGUCGCCGGGAAUUUCCUCAACAGUGGUGGGUAUGCGGGCAACGCCGCGGGCAUGAAGCUGUCAUCGCUGCAGAAGCUGACAGACAUCCGUGCCAACAAGCCUGGCAUGACACUCCUCCAUUACGUCGCACAGCAAGCGGAGCGAAGAAAUCCCGAUCUGCUCAAGUUCCCGGAUGAAUUAUGUUUGGAUGAAGCUACAAAAACCACCAUGGAACAGCUGACCAGCGAGAUGAACCAGCUGGACGCCCGCAUCGCCAAACUGUCCCAGCAGCUGAGCGCCCCCUCCACGCCCAGGGACAUCACGGCGCAGAUGGGAGACUUCCUACAGGUUGCCGCCAAGGACCUGAACUCCCUGAAGGAGGGCAUCGCGGAGGUGGCCAAGGUCAAGGUGGACGUGGCCGAGUACUUCUGCGAGGACCCCAACGCCUUCAAGCUCGAGGAAUGCUUCAAGAUCCUGUGCAACUUCUGCUCAAGGUUCAAGCAAGCGAUCACGGAGAACGAGCGACGCAGACAGCAGGAAGAACAGGCAGAGAUCAGGAGGAGAACGAGAGAGGAGAACGCAGUCAAGAGAAGGUCGUCCUCGCAGGGCGGGUCGCAGCCUCGCCCGGGCUCCUUCAGCGGCUCCGAGUCCGAGGUCAACAUCAUGGAGAACCUUCUGUCGGAUAUACGAUCGGGCUUCACGCAGAGGAAGUACGCGGAGCUGGCACUGAACAAGAACAAGAAGGGCAAGAAGCUGGACUCGUGGCAGAACGGAGGGAUGACCUCGGAGGACGAGCCGUCGCUGUGCAACUCGCCUCGGAUGACCCGGCGGCGGAUGGGGUCCUUCUCGGGUCCCGCGGGGCCCCUUUCCCUUGUUACUAAUACCCCCCCCCCCCCAGACGUGACGCCCAACGGCAGCUUGCGUAGGAGGCGGUCCCGAGUCCCGUCAGAGGAGGACGACCACAAACUCAUGGACUACCUUCACACGUCCGGCCACGAUGGGUCCAGGGAGAGGAAGUCCUGGACGGGAAUGGAGGGCUACGGCUCCUUGGACAGGUCCUUCGCUCGCCGGGCCAGAGGAGGUGGAAGGACUCGCCCGAGACUCCUGGCCUCCGAGUCCUCCGAGAGGGAGCGCCCCGCCUCGCCCUCCACGCCGGACACCAAACCGGAACCUCCCGACCACAACAGACCCAGCAAAAAUUGGCGGCAGAAGAUCGAGUUUUGGUUCAAGGAGAACGAGAAGGAGGAGGAACGUCGCUCGGGCUUGAAGUGGCGACUUCACCAGCACAGAAAAUCCCUAGACUUAGACACGUCAUCCCUCGCUGAAGACGAAGGCGCGGGAAGUGCCAGCGCCUCCGGUCCCGCCCUUGGGACCCUGCCGGAAGACCAGCCCUCGGAGGACCCCAGCACGAGCGCGGGCGGAGGCGGCGGAGGGGGAAGCGGGUACCGGCGCGUGUACCAAGACUGGCGACCCUCGGUGGAGAAGACGGACGUGGUCGGGGCCAUGGAAGCGAUCGAAGAAGCCCAGUCGCCGCUACCCAGCAAGGAGAAGGACAAGUCUCCGUGGCGGAAAAGCAACCUCAACGUCUCCAACUCGAGCGAGGCGACGCAGGAGCCGCUCCAGAGCGUCUCAGCCUCCAGCCAGGCCUCAGCCUCGGGCUCAGCCGCGCCCUCCUCCAACAACACAGCCGCGAGGAGGAUCCGCAGACUGAGGUCGAGGUCGAACAUCGAACCCGGCCAGGUCGUUCAAGCUGUUCAGGGCCUAGACGACGAGCCCUUGGACGAGUCGAGUCGAAGGUCGUCGCUGAUCCAGACGCUGGGCCAAGACGACGGACCGGACACCCUCAAGCUCUAUAUCCGCCGACCAUCCCAGGAGGAGAAGACUGCGCAAGGAAAAGAGGGCAGCGGUCACGAGGACAACGGCGCCUUCAUAGUCGAGGACUCCCCCCGUCGCGGUUCGGCCCCGGCUGCCUCCACCCUCGACGAGUCCCCCUCCAGCAGGUCGGAACAGCUGAUCCAGAAGUACCGGCACUCGGUGGACGUGUCGGCCGAUAUUCUCCGCUCCAUUGAGGAGGCCGAGUCCUCCCCCGAGCGAGGGAACGAGUCCGGGCGGCGCGAGAAGCGGAUUUACCAGCGCACCAUGACGCCCUCCAGCCUCCGCUCGGCUCUCCAGCAGCGCCUCAAGGACAACCUUCAGUCGGCUCACCUGGUGGGCACCAUACGCUCUCUGGGCGACGAUGCGAUAGAGAAGCCAGAGGAAGAGGAAGACGAGGAGGACGAGAAGAAAGCAGAGGAGGAUGAAGGGGAAGAGGAGGAGUCUCGAGGCGAGGACCAGAAGCUGCUCCCGCCGUCCAUCCCGAAGCACCUCCGGAGGCCUUCCCGGGACGAAAACAAGCUCGACAAGAUCGACAUCGACUCGGAGAACAUCGAGACGCCGCCGGUGACCAGGAGAGCCUUCAGCAUGCGCAGCUUCAGGUCGCCGUCGGACUCGCGCUGGCUCAGUUCGAAGAAGGAGGAGGAGGCUGAGGACUUCGAUGGCCGCAGGGCCGGUCGAAGGUUCCGCAGCCUGACCAGCGAGGACCGGCGCGCCCUGGUGGGGGAGAAGAAGGGCGCAGGAGACGGGGAGGCGGGACGGAAUCGCACGAGGACAGGAGUCGACAGCUCAGAGAACGAAGGCGCGGGCAGCGAGAUCGAAGAGCGCGGUUCGGCCAGGAGAACUCAGCGCUUCAAACGCUUGGCUGAUCUGGCCAAGGACGGAGACAGUGAGACGGAGCAGAUGCUGGCCAAGCAGAAAGAGCGAUCGAUGUCGAUAGAUGACGACGGCCUUGGAGACGGCCACUUCGAGCGCUUCUCCUCCGUCCGCAAAACGCUGAGGCACAAGAAGAUGCAAGACAGACCCGAGUCCAGACUCAGCGAAGAUAACGCUGAGGCUGAAGCUCGGCGCGAAGGAGAGGGCUCAAGGGCGAGCUCCGCGGGGAGGAAGUCGCACUCAACCUCCCCGGAGCGCCACGCACCUCAGGAACAGGAGGCGAGCGUAGAGAAGAUCCAUACCAAAGUCCAGCAGGCCGAGACCUCUGAGGUCCCGCAGGAGAGUUACGAGGACAAGGAUUCGCGUCUCAAGCGGUGGCAGCGAAUCAAGGAUUCCAAGACAGAUGAGGAUCCUUCGCGAGGAAAAUCCAGGGACACAGACUCUUGGAAGGACAGAAUAACUCGCCGCUUCCGCUCCAAUGUGGACAAGUACGACGUUCAGCGAGCGAUGGAGGACAGAGGCAGAGGCGCCAAGGGAGACCUCAAGCCGCCAGCGUCAGAGCGGUUGCAUCGCAAGAACCAGGACAGCGUAGCUAAGGGCCUGGAGACGCGAGGGUCAUUCAGGGUCACCAGCAGCGCCAGCGAUUCUUCUCGCAGGGACAGACGGGACCGCACUCGCAGCGCCAUCGACCCGAGCCACGUCCGCCAGGCGCUGGACAAAGAGAAGGAGAAGGAUAAGAAGCGGUCCGUGUUCGGCGACUCCUCCCGCGGCGUGAGCAGGCUGUUCUCGAAGCUGGACGCGAAGGAGCCGACGGGGCUGAGGCGGGGCGAGACGCGGACGAGGUCGCUCAUGGACCCCCACUCCAAGACCAGACUGCGCGGCAGCACCACCAAGGAGGUUGACGAAGGCUUCGAGGACACGGGAAGCAUCAAGUCGGAAACCACGAGUCAGGGAGCAUCGUCCACAGGCGACGUGCCGGAUGGGUCCAUCGAGAAGGUGCCAACGACGCCCUCGUCACUGAGAAGAAACCGCAACGGGCUGCGCAUUGACAGCCUUCGGGGACGGCAGGAAAGCAGUCUAGGAGCUUCCAAGAAGGCGGAGAACUCGGGCUCGCGGAGUAGCCUGCGCUCUUCCCGGUCGUCCCUGACCUCGGCUGCGUCCGUGAAUACGGUGCGGCCGGCCAGACCACCUUCAAAGUCCCCGAGUACGACCAGCAUGAUCAGCAACAAGUCCGACUCGAGCAGCAGGAAGGGCAAGAUGACCGACUACACCUCAGCCCUCAAGAGCCUGACCCUGAAGAGCCUGCGGAUGGGCCGUGGAGGCGCGGACGACUACGAGGGCACGCAGAGCUCGCCGUGCAGCCCGAAGGGGGAGAACGCGCAGCCCAGCUUCCCCGACGACCGAACUCGAUCCUCGGGGUCCCUGCACAGCUCCGGGGGCGCCACGCCCACGCGCUCGCUCUCCCGGGCUGACUCCACGCGCUCGACGGGGUCGCUCAGCAAGCAGUCGAGCGAGGGCUCCCUGCGGCGGGGCACGGCCAGCGUCACCAGGGCUGCCGCGCCCUCGGCCAACAGCAGCGCCAGAGUCAAGCGCCCGCUCGCGCCCGCGCAAGUCCGCUCGCUCACCUCCGCCGAGUCUCGCCACCGGAACAUCAGCGGCUCCAACACCUCCCUGCGCAGGUCGCCGGGCUCGACGCCCACGUCCUCCGUCAAGGUGAAGCGCGGCGACUCGGGCAGCUCCAAGGAGAACCUCUCCCGCUCGAACUCCGGCAACAGCCGCGUCGGAGGGACCUCUCGCUCGACGGCGCGCUCGUCCGCCGCCUCGAGCUCCAAGCCCCUCGCCGAGCGCUCGGCCAGCUUCCGAUCGUCGCCGCCGAAGCCCGAGGGAACGCAGAGCCUCCGAAGGCCCGUCGGGACGCCCGCAGGCAAACCGGCGUCCGCGAGGAAGGGCGGGAACCUCCCCGCCUUCAUGCGGCCGACGACGUCCUCCUCGUCGAAGGUGAGCGCCGGAGACGCCCCCGCGCCCGUCAAGAAGGUCAAGGUCGUGUCGCGCAACCUGUCCCUGUCGUCGCCGCGCACGAUGGUCAAGUGAGGCGCUGCGCCCGGGGGCGUUUAGCUUGGUAGUCUCCAUUGUUCUUGCGAGCACCUAAGCCCGUGACCGACAUUUCCGUACAUGAACAAAACACACACACACACACACACACACACACACACACACACACACACACACACACACACACACACACACACACACACACACACACACA